GUACGUACUGGGUUCUCCACGACAGCUGCUGACAACAAGGUCGCGCACCGGGGGAGCAGCUACCGCGAGUUCGUCAGUGGCCACUGGUAAAGCUGCCAACGUCCCGUCACCAACCAAGUCUCAAUCCCGCGACGAACGCGCCCGACGUCGCACCCUUUCCACGACACCCUCAACUCUGCCAAUACCCUAGCUACCGUCGACGCCAUCUCGCCCGCUCAAUACAUCCUCCCCUUCAUUCGCGAUGCCGUCCGAACGCGACUACCAGAUCCGCCCCAUCGCGCCAGACUCGGUCAUGCACAAUUCCAAGACCUUGUCCAACCUUCACAGCCUCGCCGGCUCGCUGUUCGGCGUCAGCGCCGGCAUCCUCGGCCUCGAGUCCUACAGCGGCUUCCUCUUCUACCUCAUCUUCUCAACCAUCACGACCCUCUUUUUCUACGUCUUACAAGUUGCCCCCGAGUCGCUCAGGGAAAAGAGGCCAGUUCUCGACACUGGUCGCUACUUCCUCAGCGCACUGGACUUUUGGACGAGCGGGAUAGUUGGAGGCUUGUCUGGCUUUGUGUUGACGUGGACGUUGUUUUACGGUUUAGUGAGGGCAUGAAGAACUGCCAGCCUACAUACGCAACGAGGUCAAUCGAUAAUUCCUGACGUAUGGUGUCAUGAGCGUGCGUUCCGAGAGCUAGUAUUCGAUUUACGAUGUCUAAAAUGGAAAUCCGGCCGUUGAUGUUCCAAACAGAGCCAAUGCCGCUGGAACUCAAUCCACAAUCUCAAUCACGCUACCUACAUGGCCCUCGAGUCCUGACCUAUCCUGGCUUCCACCUUCAAGAAGAAUAACCUUGGAGCCCAUCUCGAUCCACUCC